AUGGCGAGGAAGCCCAAGCUUCACUACUUCAAUGGACGAGGCCGAAUGGAGUCCAUUCGGUGGCUCCUGGCCACAGCAGGAGUAGAGGUUGAAGAAGAACUUUUUGAAACACGUGAGGAAUUUGAGAAAUGGAUCCAAGAGGGUAUACUGAUGUAUGAACAAGUGCCCAUGGUUGAAAUUGAUGGGAUGAAUUUGGUCGAAACCAGAGCUAUCCUAAGAUACCUAGCUGCAAAAUACGACUUGUAUGGAAGGAACCUGCAGGAACAAGCCUGGAUUGACAUGUAUGUAGAGGGCUUGAAGGACCUGAGCGACAUGAUUAUGUUCUUUCCACUGUCCCUGCCUGGAGAGAAGAAGAUGAAUCUUGAAUACAUUGAAAGAGCCACUACAAGAUUCUUCCCUGUCUAUGAGAAGGCUCUAAGAGACCACGGGCAAGAUUUCCUUGUGGGCGAUCAGCUGAGCUGGGCCGAUACACAGCUCCUUGAAGUCAUCUUAAUGGCUGAAGAGUGCAAACCCAGUGUCCUCGCAGGUUUCCCUCUGCUACAGGAAUUCAAGGCCAGAAUCAGCUACAUUCCCACAAUUCGCAAAUUUCUGCUGCCUGGAAGCCAAAGGAAGCCUCCACUAGAUGAAGGCUCCAUUGAGACUGUGAAGAACAUAUUCAGAUUUGAACGUGGCAUGUUGUCAAAAACAUGGGCACUAUAGUGGCCGAGUAUUAACAAGUGAAGAGUUCUCAAAUGUUUCACCUUGCAUUCAUAGCAGUGCCCAGAAAGAUAUCAUAAGGCCACUUUAAUAAGGUAAUA